GACCAGCGUAUCUCCACAUUUUUUUAAAUUAAAUUGGAAAGCAUACGACAUGGUCCUGGUAAAAUAUUUUACAUUUUUCUGCUUUGCAGUAGGAAUUAUUCCCUUUUAUUGUGAAUCAAAUCAAUUCCACAACCGGAGUUUAUAUGGGACCAAGAUAAAUACGAGUCCAAAAUCAUCAUGUUUGCGAUUCAACAAUAUCCAUCUUGUUGGACUAUGCCUUCAGACGUGCAUGGCUAAUGUGGGUAUUUAUUACAUGUUAAGUUACAACAAAGAUCAACAGGCGUGUCUGUGUUGUACUGAUUUCUCUGGAAGUGAAAUAACUGAUCCAUCCUGGAAGACUUAUGAAAUAAUUUUCUGUUACAAGGGUUUUGACGACAAAAUAGCAAGGAACUGUUUGAAAUACAUCCCAGAGGCGAUAACUUAUCCGGAAGCCGAAGCCCGUUGCCGAAAAGAUGGCGGUGCCCUUUUCAAAGUUGAUUCUCGGACGAAAUUUGAUAUACUAAAAGAAUACAUUGAUGGUGGUGGAAUUGAUGAGCACCAGAUCUGUCUUAAGUACUUGCCAUUAGAAGUCACUUAUUUAGAAGCAGAGAACAGAUGUCACCGGGAAGGCGGUGCCCUUUUCAAACUGGAUUCACAGCAGAAAUACAAUUUGUUUCAAGAAUUUCUUGGUCCAAAUGCUCAACAUCAAGAUAUACAAGUAUGGAUUCAGGCCGAGAAAACAGGAGGAGUGUGGUACUUUGACGAUGGCUCUGUAAUGCCAAGUGGCAUAUGUCCUCUUGUCACCAGCAAUUCCUUAAACGAAAGCCGCCUCCGAUUUCGAGCUAUAUUCAAGAAGCAUUUCAAAGAGAACCCUUACUUCAGAAACAAACUGUUCGAACACUCUACUCAGUAUUUUGCGGAAUCUGUGAGCAUCUGCUCUUCACACUGUGGACAGUGUUGUGAGUGCUUUGGAUUCAACGUUAUAAACAAAACAUGUCGCGUGCCCGUGUCUUGUGACCCCGGAGUCAUCUCGGGUCAAGAAGACGGUUGGAUUUACUUCACAGAACAUGUGACAGAUGAGUUAAAAACGUGCAGUGAUCUAUACAUGGCGGGAUACUGUGCUUCCGGUUUCUACACCAUUUACCCCUGGAACAAAGAGGAACCACACUAUCGCCCUGUAAAAGUUUAUUGUGACAUGAAGACCAACGAUGGAGGAUGGACGGCAAUACAAAAGCGCAUAACUGGGUCUGUAGAUUUUAACAGGAUUUGGGAUGAGUAUAAGAUCGGGUUCGGGAUUCCAGAGGAAGGUUAUUGGAUAGGCAAUGAUGCGAUAUAUCAGCUCACGAAAGACAGGAAUUUGACGUUAUAUUCAUCGAUUACUUUGAUGAACAAUACCCGACUGUACCAGAUAUAUGAAUCAUUUUCCAUCGCAGAUGAAACCAAUCAGUAUCGAUUACACUUAGGCGGAGAAACGCAUGGCACUCUAGGUGAUAGUUUGGUAGACACUGCAAACACAGGGAAAACAAACCGAAAUCUGCCAGGUAUGGCUUUUUCUACUCCAGACCGGGACAACGACCCAUCCUCAAGCUUUAAUUGUGCUCUCAGUUUUAAAGGAGGGUGGUGGUUCAACAGAUGCUAUCUUGGCUACCUAAACGGACGAUGGGCUCCGAAUGUCUGGCAGACGCCGUGGUACCCAACAGUCAUGACAGAAUUGGAAGUGAAGGAAACCCGAAUGAUGAUAAAAUAGAUAUAGUGAAUUGUAACGGGCUAGUCCAUUCAAGUUUUAAUUUCUUUUUUAUCCAUUUAAAGAAAAGGUGUAUGUUUGAAAUUUGAGCAUUUUUUUUAACAGGAAAUGCAUGUAUGAUUUUUUGUCGACUGUUUAUAUGAUACUUGACCCGUCCAAAGUUUUCCUUCCACUACAUUUUGCUUCGGAUAGUUGUAAACACAUUUGCCCCCAAAAUACGUUUAUCCACUAGAACGAAAAUAGUGAACACUUUCUGAUUUUAAAAGCCAGCUUUAUUGUUUUGGUUAAAUUACACAACCCAAAAUACAAAGUCUAAGAGGAUUUUGCAUCGCAAAAACAUACGUGAUGAUAAUAUUGCCAGAAACGCAAGCAAGCUGUUGUGUAGGUGGGGUUUUUUUUGUUAAUCGGUUUUUAAGAUUAUUGAAUGUAUGAAAUUUUCCCGCUGUGAGAGACUUUGUUUGUGAUGGCAUUGAGUCACAUGCUUUACACUUUUCCAUAUUGAAUAAAGUAGCACGGACGUAAAACCUCAGUAAUCUUCAUAUUAGUUUUAAUCUCUUUAAAGGACUUCUCUUUUUCAUUCGAUUAGAAGCGCCAUUGGCCAAAUAGAAGGGAAAUCACUUAACUAGUCUUGGACUUAAUGACAAUUUAAAGUUGUUAAUUUGUAAAAUACAUUUAUGACAGAAUUUGUGUCAGUCUAAAUAAUUAGACUAUUUGUGAAUUUUUUCCAACGCACACACCAUAAAUAAUCGAAAGUAAAAUGUUCUGCAUUAAUAAAGAGAAAAGGUCUCUGUU